AUGCGUGCCUUCAUGCGAGCUAUCGGCCUCGGUGGUCUAUUCCGUUUUUUAACUACUUCGAAGGAGAGAAAUUCCAAGUCGAACAUUUCGACGGUUUUCGAAGUUUGUCAAAGCAAUGAUAUGAGCUCCUCCACUGAGCGCCAGCAAUUUGUAUUCUUUUGUGGUAGCGACGCCUCGGCAGUUCCCUCGGGUGAUUACGCUUCGUUCCACAAUAGCAUACUGGAAGCUACAGCCCAACCAGUGAUCGACCACCGCAUGCCCGUUUUUAUUAUGCCGCCGUUGUCUCCAUUUCGGCCUUCCGUCGGGGUGAGAGUCACUGGCUACUAG